CUGGAGCUGGGGCUCUGCUCCUCGCCCUCCCCACUGCCACCACCUCCACACCUGGUCAGCAGGACAGGAACUGUCCGGGUCCCAGGGCAUGUGAGGUGGGGUGGAGGAAGAAGUGGCAAGGUAACCCCGAGCCCCGCGGGGGAGCGGGCCAGUUGCCCAGAGGAUGGAGGAGGAGGCGCGGGAGGAAGCGAUGCGGGACGCUGAGCCCGCCAGCCCCCGGCAGCCGCCGUCCCCGCCCCCUCCGCCGUCGCCGCCGACCCCCGGGACCCCGGCGACCCCCGAGACCCCCGGACCGCCCACCGAGGCGCACGCGCGGCAGCUGCUGCUGGAGGAGUGGGGGCCGCUGAGCGGGGCGCUGGCGCUGCCCCCGCGUCUCACCUGGAGGCUGCUGCUCCUGCGGCGGCCGCUCUACCGCAACCUGCUGCGCGCGCCCAACCCCGAAGGAAUCAACAUUUAUGAGCCCGCACCCCCUACGGGCCCUACCCAGCAGCCCCUGGAGAGUCUAGGCAAUUUCCGAGGCUGGCACAUCCGAACAGAGAAGCUUCAGCAGAACCUCAGCUGGACAGUGAAGCAGCAGUGUGUGGACCUUCUGGCUGAGGGCCUGUGGGAGGAGCUGCUUGAUGAUGAACAGCCAAACAUCACAGUCAUGGACUGGUAUGAGGACAGCCACCUGGACGCCUGUGUCUACGAGCUGCACGUCUGGCUGCUGGCGGCCGACCGCCGCACUGUCCUGGCUCAGCACCAUGUGGCUCCCCGCACCUCGGGGCGGGGUCCCCCUGGCCGCUGGAUUCAGGUGUCCCACGUAUUCUGCCAUUACGGCUCCGGCGUGCGCUUUGUCCACUUCCUGCACAAGACCAAGAACCGACUGGAGCCUGGUGGGCUGCUGCGGACAAGGGUGACUGACUCCUCUGUGUCUGUGCAGCUCCAGGAGUGACUGGCUGGGCCGGCUUGUCAGACCACCCCUGGGCACCUUCCUGAUCUCUGAGCAUUUCUCUGCUGUCUCGGUGCUCCUAAGCCCUCUUAGUAUCCGCUUGAUCUUUUAGCAUGUCCCUGACCCCUUAGCACCUUCCCUUACCACUUCUGACCUCUCAGCAUCUCUGACCCCAUAGCACUUCCCUGGCCCUUAGAAGCCUUUACCCCUCAGCACCUCUUUGACCUUUUGGCUCUGCUGUGUCCCUUCAGUGCCUCACUACCUUUUCAUGACCCCUCAGCUUCUCCCAUCUCCCUCGUCACCUCCUAAGUCUCUUAAACGUGCCUGGCUUCUCAUCUGAUAUGCUUGAAUGUCCACCUCACUGGCAACUCCCCCCUUCCCACCCCAGAUCCAUACAGGCAGUGGCCCCUUCUCUCUCAGCCGGAGCCUGACAGAUAGUAGAUGCUCAUUACAUCUUUGUUGUCUGGAUGAAUAAAGCACGUGCUCAAGGA